AUGACCCUUCGAGAGAAAAACGUUGGCAGCUGCAUGGGUUCUCAAUGGACAACCGAAUCACCUUUUGAGCUAUGGGUUCUUAUUGCAUCUCAGUCCCUGUGCAUAAGCAGCGGUGAUGUGACGGCAGGCUCUGUUUUCCUCCAGAGCUGGUUUCACACACGCAGAGACCUCGGCUAUUUCCAUUCACGGGACAUGCUACAGGUAUUAGUAAUUCAACCCCCCCCCGUGCCCCUACCAGAUAUCGAUCCGCCACCAACCAAAAAAGUUAUAUCGUCAUCGGAUCGGGAAUAUGGCGCUGUGUAA